CACAAUGUCGCUUAUGAUCGGCUCGGCUGAUAACAGACGUCGCUGCCCUUUGCCGUUGUAAACACAAAUUUGACAAUUUGUUAACAGGCCAAUUUAAUUCUGAUGCAGACCUCUCCCGGUGGGAAAAACGACCAGGAUCCCUUGAAAUAUGGAAGCUUUAGAACAAGCUGGACAAAUGGUGCUUGUAAGCUAUGGACAAUUUCUCGAAAAUGUAUCUAUAAGUUUUUGCAAUUUGAAAAAGAAAUUGGAAUACCAACAUAGCGAGCUGAUUGAUCCCCUCUCAGUGCAGAUAUUGUGUAAGGAACAUUCCAGCGUAUUUGAAAAAGUGGACACUGAUAAUAAAGUCUACAAUAAAGUUCUAAUCGUGUUUACUGCUGCAUGCCGGGAAAUACUAGAUCUGCAGAAUGAGCUUAUUGACAAUUAUUUGCCAAAAAUACUACAGUAUGGAAAAGCUACCGAUAAAAUAGAUGUGGAGGAGGGACAGCACCAAAUAUGCGAAUUCUUGCCGGUCCUUCUUGAUGUACUGAAUUUCGUUCAUAGAUGUCGGACUGUCCUUUUCCAUCUGCUCCAACAGUUUGUUUGUGCCUAUGAGUAUCCAUGGAUCAAUGCCCAAAGUGCUUCUAAUAUUCAAUUAUUGGAGGUUUAUUCUAUUUUGGGCAACCUUUUACUCAUUUUUAUAACUCUUGAUGUUACGCUCACAACUCAUAAUGAACAUAGAAUAGAUGAACAUAUUAAAAUUCUUGAAAAAACUGUUAAAACAUCAGUUGAAUCAGACUCGUACAGUGAUUCAGCUCAGUCGGCAACACUUAGGAAAGUAAUAACUGAGGUAAAACAGGAGUUACUGAGAGGGAAUAUAUUCCAGGUUUCAUUGAACACUCGUUUCAAUAGAAAAAACGCACUUGCCAAUUGCUUGGCAUUCAAAACCAAUUUAAAUGGCUACAUAAGAAAUUUAAUUGCUGAGAUAGAAAAUUCUAAAGAGAAUGACGUGAAUUGUAUGAAAACAUUGUCGAAGGUUGUUGCAAUUUUUGUCUUUUCCGUAAACACUUUUGGAAUAGUCGACAAAAAAGUGCAUAAAUCGAUUGUCGACCUUUGUAAAAAGCAUGUAGUUAUUUCGCUGCACGGAGAAGUUUUGUGGCUGCCUUAUAUUUUUAUUGGAAAACAUUUGGAACUGAAGCUGAAAGAGCAGGGUUUGAAAGGUCCUGUCCAAGAAAAUAUUCUGCCAAAGUUUUUGGAACAGUCUGAAUCUAAUUUGCCAAAAAAUUUAAAAACUUAUUCUAUCCAAAUAUUGAGAUGGUCGCUGUUAAUGGAAAACGUAUUUUCCAAACAUUCCAUCGCUAACAAGUUAAAUGAAAUUGAAUCAGCACUGCUAACAUUAGAGGGUAUAGAGGCUGCAUUUCAAAUAAAAUAUUUAGUUAAUCACAUAUCGUAUUUACACGGUCAUCUUGGAAUACCGAUGACCAAGAUGGUUGCACUUAAUCUUUGUAAAUUAAUGGAGUUGAUGAAGGUGAUAAAUUUGAUUCUUCAAAGACACCACAUCAGCCUGGGAAAAAGACUGAACCACAUUAUCCAACGCAUGUUAAUCCAAAUACUCACUUUGAUAAUAAAAUCAGAGCGUGACACGAUAAAGAACAAAAGUACACGUGAUGUACAAAUUGAUUCUUACUCCGCACUGGCCCUAGCUGAAAAAUUGCUCUACGGUGCUUGCACCGAGGACACUUUGCUUCUUGUAAAACUUAUACUGACAUUCAUGACACCUAGCAAUUCAAUAUUCUCAGAAUGUCAAAGUACACUGUUGAAGCUACUGGAAAAGUUGCAGAUAAUGUGCAAAUUGCAUGAUAUCAUAAAAGAAGCGACAAACUGCAAUUUUAUAAUGAGUGAAGGUCAUGUUUUACCUAUUUAUUUUAAAAAUUUAAUGGAAUCACAAGCUAGUCUUUCAAGAAUUGAUUACAUACUACGUUCUGAUGAAGAUGUCAACAAUAAAGAAAAUUUGAACAUUUUUACUCAGCAAAAACAUCAUUUUGAAAAUGUGGUGGUGAAACCAUUGUGUCAGGAAAUAGAAACAUUUUUGAGAAUCCACGCUCAUUCACAUUUGCAAGAGGAUGCUACUAUUUUCCUUCAGAAUAAAGAUUUUAAAUCCCUGCUUCGGGUCAUGCCUUUAAUAGUUUGUGGUCAGGUCACUUCCAUUAAAGGCCUUGUUGAAUCAUACCUAGAUCGUACUUUCUAUGAUCUGGCGACAGUAGCUUUGCAUGAUUGGCAAACAUACAGGGAAAUGAGAAGUAUAGCAGAGCAUAAAUUUGGCCUAUAUACUGUUGAAGAUAAUCUUCCAAGUCAAACUUUAGCCCAGAGUUUGGAUAUUUUACAAAUUAUGCGAAACAUUCAUGUAUUUGUCUGCAAAUACCUCUACAAUUUGAACACACAGUGCUUCAUCGAAAACAAUAGUAACAGCAAACAUUUAAAUACAAUAAAAAUUGUACAGAUAGCUAACUCAAUAUGGACACACGGGACCGGAGUGAUGAAUACAACUACAAAUUUCAUUUAUCAAUUUUUAAAGAAGAAGUUUCUUGUGUUUUCUCAAUUUUUAUACCAUGAGGAUAUAAGUUCAAGGCUUAUGAAAGAUCAAAGUUUAUUUAACGAAUUGAAACAGUCUAAAAAUUCAUAUUACCCUUAUGAUAGAGCUAACAAAUUUAACAAAGGAAUUUCUCGCCUUGGAGUUUCAUCUGACGGUUUUACCUUUCUUGAUCAAUACCGCUCUCUUAUCACACAGAUAGGAAAUGCGCUCGGAUAUAUUCGGAUGGUGCGAACUGGAGGCCUACACCAUUGUUUACAAGCAGCUUCCUACCUUCCUCAAAUAGAUUACAUAUCAAUUUCCAGGGAUAAUUUAGGAAAUACUGGAAAAUUGGCUAUAGAGUCUUUUGACCAAAUAAUGUUUAAUAUUAUUCACACUUUAUCGGAAAAUACAGACCACCUCAAACUUUUGGUCGAUGCGUUUACAUCAAUUUUUAACACUCCUGAAAACAGCCAUUUGCAACUAUUUGCAAUGAUCAUUCCACCUCUGACCAUUAAUUACAUAGACUACAUUGUAACAGCAAAGGAAAAGAUGAUGAAGAGAAAUAAAGAUGGGACGGUGUUUACGGAUGAUGGAUUUGCGAUGGGUAUUGCAUUCCUAUUGGCCGUUCUUAAGUUGAACACUGAAUUUGAUUCUUUGCAUUGGUUCGAGUCAGUGAACAGAAAGUACGAGCAAGAGGAGGCCGCAAUUAGGGAAUCUACAGAAUUCCUUCGUGAAGAUUCCGCUCAUGAAAAUACGCUGAAACUGUCGAUACGAAGGCUUCAAAUGUAUAAAAGGGAAUUCCAGUUUCUAUACUACAAUAUUAACAGCGCAAGAGUAUUUUUCAGCAGAAGAUAAGCAUAGAAAUAUGGGUUAAUUGUAUAUAUUACUAUUAUGAAAAAAUGUGAUUAAAGAGUCGAUGUUAACUACGUAACCAAACAAACAAGUGAUAUUUUAUCUUAUAUAUAUUUAAAUAAAAUGAUAGUUGUUAUAUUAUCAAUAUUUUUAUUAAUUUAUAUGCCGUAAAAUUUGAAUUUAUAUUAUUAUACAAUGUACCAGGUUAUAUGUAACAAUGUUUUAUUCGAACUGUUUAAUAGCAGUUAUUUUUGGAGAAUCUUGAAAAUACAGAUAUUUAUACUUUA